GAUGAUCGUCGUCUGCAGCGUAAAUGCGUAUUUAAGAGAUGGCGGACACGGAACAUAAAUCUGUUGGAGUUAUAGACAAUUGUGAUCUAAUAAGCGAGCCGGUCUCUAAGAAACCUCGCAGUAGUGUUCAGAACUGUGCUCUAGACAUUAUAAACGGAGAGCAGAUAUCAAGUGGUGACGAGUCAGGCGGGAGUUGUGCGGUUAGGAUUUCACCACGGCCCGCAGAUGCAGAGCCGGAGAUGGGGGUGGCUCAGGCCACUAAUGGGGCACAAGAAAACAACAAUGAGCCUGUGACGUCAGAGCUCACGAACGAUUUAUCUAAAACAGAUAAGAUUCUCAUGGCUGGAGUUGAAAGUAAGGUGCUAGGCUCAAUGGAUGAUGGUAUUUCCCACAAUGGAUAUUAUUCACCUGACCUAGGUGAUGAUGAUGACUGCUCCUCUCAUGCCAGUUCUAGUGACUGGACUCCCCAGCCUCGUAUUGGUUCUUACCACUUCAUUCAGCAACAAAUAAUGAGGGAGACUGAUCCACGGAGUAUUUUAAAUGAACUGCUUCCAGAAACCAUCAUUCCACCUGAUCUUGAUGACAUGACACUAUGGCAGAUUGUCAUCAACAUCUCAGAGCCUCCAAAAAGAAAAAAACGCAAAGAUAUAAACACCAUAGAGGAUGUCAUCAGACUACUUAAUGACUGCAAAAAGAUACUUGUCCUGACUGGUGCUGGGGUUUCUGUUUCCUGUGGAAUUCCUGAUUUUAGGUCUAGAGACGGGAUUUAUGCUCGACUUGCUGUAGAUUUUCCAGACCUUCCAGAUCCUCAAGCAAUGUUUGACAUUGAGUACUUUCAAAGGGAUCCAAGGCCAUUUUUUAAAUUUGCAAAGGAAAUUUACCCUGGGCAGUUUCGACCAUCACUUUGUCACAGAUUUAUUGCAAUGCUGGAUAAGAAAGAGAAACUUCUCAGGAACUACACUCAGAACAUUGACACCCUAGAACAGGUAGCAGGAGUCCAAAGGGUCAUGCAGUGUCAUGGUUCCUUUGCAACUGCAUCCUGCCUUGUGUGUAAACACAAAGUUGAUUGUGAUUCCAUAAGGGAAGAUAUAUUCAGACAGGUUGUUCCCCAUUGUCCAAGGUGCUCUAAUAAUCCUUUCGCUAUUAUGAAACCGGACAUCGUCUUCUUUGGCGAGAACCUUCCAGAAGCUUUUCAUAGGGCUAUGAAACAGGACAAGGAUGAUGUGGAUCUCCUCAUUGUUAUUGGAUCCUCUUUGAAAGUCCGACCAGUGGCUCUUAUCCCAAGCUCUGUUCCCCAUGAAGUGCCUCAAGUUUUGAUCAAUCGUGAACCCCUGCUACACUUGAACUUUGAUGUAGAAUUACUAGGAGACUGUGAUGUCAUCGUCAACGAAUUAUGUCAUAGACUGGGUGGUGACUUUGAGCAGCUUUGCUACAACUCUUCUUGCCUAAGUGAGAUCACAGACAUACCUCCUCCACUGCCAAAUAUUCUAUCUGAACAGGAAUGUGCUAAAGUCCAAAUGUCGUCUGAAAUUCAAAAUGCAGAGUUGGUGUCUCAAAACUGUUUCACAAAAAAAGAAGAAAUAGUUGCAGAAACAACAGAAAAAGUAACAGACUGUGGCCCAAAUGCACAUUUCACCAGUGAUGCGGGUUUGAACACACCUUGUACAGCCAAGGAAGCAAAGCCCUUUUCAGAGCUAGAAAACCGAUCAAGCUCACCAAAUCUUUUAACACAAGACGGUGAUGCGUGCCCUUGCCGAGAGAGUGUAGACUGCCAUCAGAGUGCACCAUUCGAGGCUGUUGGACACAGUCCAAAUACACAUCAGGAAAUUAAAGGAAUGGAGAUGCUGAAUAUGCCAACUGUCGAAAAGCACACAAAGCAAAGAAAUUGCUGUUUGAAACGCAGCUGUCCAAGUCCAAUCAGUAAUCGCCUUGGAACUUCCCAAUACUUGUUUCAGGUUCCAAAUCGUUACAUUUUUAAUGGAGCUGAAGUGUACUCCUGCUCAGAGGAUGAAACGUCCAGUGCCUCGGACAAUGAGGGCUCUUGCUUUAGUUGCAGUGGUUUAGAGGAACAAGAAAGUGAUGCAGAGGAGGAAUGCACACCUGGAGACCAUCCAAGACCUGAGGAGGGUGAUUUUGAAAAGACCGGGGAUGAAAACAAUUGCAUGUCAAGCAUUCACACAGACAACAUAAUGGAAAAUCUUGACACACAGACAGCUUAAUGUAGAAUUUCUACAGAAUCACGGACCUUUAAUAUAUGGUCUGCUUGCUUCUUUAUAAGUCCUAUGUGCAUGUCUUGUGCUAGCUUUUGAGACUGUAUAUUUUUGUACUCUUCUCCCUUGGCCCACCCUUGUACUGUUAGUGUGCACCAAGUAUAUUUGGACAGCAACUUCACAAUAGGGUUUUUAUUGUUUCUUCAGUUUUGAUUAGUGAUAAAAUGAAUUAAGUAAUGUGACUUUUACAUUUAUGUCUUUCAAUAUUUUAUAUGUUGCAAUAUUUUGUUAAAACAGCUCAUGUGUCUAUUCCACAAUUCGAUGAGCAUGUGUACUGGAUAAAUUAAGUCAAUCUCAA